CGGGCCGACUUUUCGACACCCCUUCAGAACUUCAUACAGGCUCCGGGCAGCAUACCUUGUCUUCAGUAGCCAUGACUCCACUGUUGGUCCUGCUGGGAGCCGCGCUCUGCUCCCUGACGAUGUCCACGGAAAUCGUCCCUCAGCCAGGCUUUGACUUAAAGGAGGCAGAAGGGAAGUGGUACUUGAUCGGAUUCGCUACCAACAGCCGGUGGCACAUCAACAACAGAGAUACAAUAAAAAUGGGCAUUGCCACCCUAACUUCAACUGCAGAGGGACACAUGCAUGUGUCAUACGCCAGUCUUAACGAAGACGGUUCUUGCUCUAGAAAGAAAUACCGGGCCAACAAGACCGACAUACCUGGGAAGUUUGUAUUUGUCAGUAAGCGUGGGGGCAGUGAAAACCACACAAUUAUGGUGGAGAUCAAGUAUGAUAACUUUGCACUGAUUUACGACAUGAAGAAGAAAAAGAAGGGGGCCAUCAUUAAAAUCGUCAGACUUUACAGUAAAGUUCUCACUAGCAGUGCUACAUUUUGUGUCGCCGUAUCUUUAGUAGCAGAUUAAUCCUUUGUGACCUUUCCAGGCCGUACUGAUGAAGCCAGUGACGAAGUGAAGGAGAAAUUCAGACAGCUCGCCUAUAGAGUUGGCACUCUGACUGAAAACAUCUUUUUUCUUCCUAAAAACGCUCCAUGCCCACCUGCCUAAUCUCCUCCCCCAGUCAUGUCGGUGAUUCAAGCGGCAGAUCAUUACCUUUGCUGUGGAAAUAUCCGCCUAUCAAAGCUACUGGCUAAAACAUCAUCUUCUGUUACUUCGCUUUGCAACGACUCUACUGUUCCAUUUACCUUGGCACCAUCAUUGAGUUCUACUUGCAAAAUAAAAGAAACGGCUAAAAUA